AUGAAACCCCACCAAACCUCUCCCCAUUCCCCUCCACCAAUAGCCACACCAAACCCCACCAAACCUCUCCCCAUUCCCCUCCACCAAGAGUCACAUGAAACCCCACCAAACCUCUCCCCAUUCCCCUCCACCAAUAGCCACACCAAACCCCACCAAACCUCUCCCCAUUCCCCUCCACCAAGACCACACCAAACCCCACCAAACCUCUCCUCAUUCCCCUCCACCAAUAGCCACACCAAACCCCACCAAACCUCUCCCCAUUCCCCUCCACCAAUAGCCACACCAAACCCCACCAAACCUCUCCCCAUUCCCCUCCACCAAGAGUCACAUGAAACCCCACCAAACCUCUCCCCAUUCCCCUCCACCAAGAGUCACAUGAAACCCCACCAAACCUCUCCCCAUUCCCCUCCACCAAUAGCCACACCAAACCCCACCAAACCUCUCCCCACUCCCCUCCACCAACAGUCACAUGAAACCCGACCAAACCUCGCCCCCUUCCCCUCCACCAAUAGCCACACCAAACCCCACCAUACCUCUCCCCAUCCCCCUCCACCAAGAGUCACAUGA